AUGAGCACUCCAUCCCGAAUAUUACAAAGCAUCACUAAACUAGAAAAACCUCGUUUGUUUUCAUAUGAUAAUCAUGUCAACCAAGAAUUAGGUAGACUCCAAGAUUGCAUACACAUAACAGAAACAACAGACUCAAAAUUCCGCCCCUUGGUGUAUCAGCUUAUAAAUUCACAUCGAAUUUCACGUGUAUAUCACCUAGAGAAACUACGUAUUCUACCGCUAUUGGCCCAUCAAGAUUCUAAACAGCUCCCUGAACCACCGCAAAGAAACGAUGAAAUAGUCAAUUACGUUUUCCAAUUGGGUAAGCUGAACGAUUUUGAAUUAACACAAUCUAAUCAGAAUAAGAAAAAAGAAAUUCUUGAAUCUUUUUACGAGAAUAUAACAUUAUUGAGAGGCAUUGAUAACCCCAAUAAGGAUAUAGUCAAGUCUAUGAUACUUCAUAAGGUUGUCGGUUUUAGUCCUGGAUAUAAUGAACUAAUCGAGAGUGUUGGUUUUGAUAGUGAUAUGGUUUACCUGGUGGCUUUGAGAUAUUUUCUGAAUCCAGAUAAGUUGGGGAAGAUUGGAAGGGUGAACCAGCUUGUGAGUUAUUUAAUUAAACACUCUAAAGUUAUCAGUGAGCAGGAUUGGACCUUUCUCAAUAAAUUGACCAAGCAGAAUGUUUUAUCCCUGACAAUUGAAAAUGUACAUCUUUCUCCCUACUUGCAGAAACUAGUUGAUAUUGUAGAAAAUGUUGAUGCUUGCUACUAUAAAUUCGAUCUCGUUGGAAUGUUGCAACAUUUAAACAAAGCUCAAAAUGGCUAUGAGUUGGAAAGUUCGGGUGGUAGAAAUGUAUUUGUGAAGUACUUUGUUGGAUAUUAUAGAUACUGCAUCAUUGAACGUGCCUUGAUGGAAUGGAAUAUCAAUAGCGUUACCACCAGUACGUGGAACAAAUACCGCUUGGGUGCUCAAUGGAAAUUGGUAUGGGAUACCUAUUACAACAGUGGAAACAUUGAACCACCUGGAGGAGCAAGUAUCAAGAAGAAGGUUCAAAAUAUUAUCAGUGUUUCAUAG